UUCUUUUUUUCUGUGUCAUUUUAAUCUAAGCUCGGAAACUGCUGAGUGCGCUCGCUGGAUAUGCGUUGGGUGAACAGGUGGCGCAAGCUCCGGUUUCCUUAAUUUGUCAUUACGACGCACACGGAGCGGAGUUGACACACUUCACCGGACGAUAAGCAUUUAAUAGGCUGCCUGCCUUGUAGGUGGGUGAGAGUCGCGCUGCGUAUUUUCCUCCCUUGGUGAAAGGAGGCACUUAUCAAUUAAGGGAGCUGUGAUGCCAGUUGCGGACAGCGACAUGGUCGUGGAUAACAGCCACGGGUUAUAUGAGGGUAAAACCCCAAAUAGUGCCGGGAAUGACAGCGUCCUCCCGGCUUCUCUGAGCAGUCCUGCAGCAGACAUCCUGAAGAACUUUUACCACACCAAACGGGUCGGGAACUAUCUGAUCGGGAGGAAGCUGGGAGAAGGAUCCUUCGCCAAAGUUAGAGAGGGUCUCCACGCGUUAACUGGGGAAAAGGUGGCGGUGAAGGUGAUCGACAAGCGGAAGGCCAAGAAGGACUCGUAUGUUACCAAGAACCUGCGGCGGGAGGGCCACAUCCAGCAGAUGAUCCGCCACCCCAACAUCACGCAGCUGCUGGACAUCUUGGAGACGGAGAACAGCUACUACCUGGUGAUGGAGCUGUGUCCCGGUGGGAACCUCAUGAACCGCAUCUACGACAAGAAGCGGCUGGACGAGAGGGAGACUCAGAAAUACAUCCGGCAGUUGGUGUUGGCAGUUGAGCACCUGCACAGAGCGGGUGUGGUGCACAGAGAUCUGAAGAUAGAAAACCUCCUGUUGGACGAGCAGGACAACAUCAAGCUCAUCGACUUUGGCCUCAGUAACUGCGCUGGAAUCCUGGGAUACUCAGACCCCUUCAGCACCCAGUGUGGAAGUCCAGCGUAUGCCGCCCCAGAGCUACUCUCCAGGAAGAAGUAUGGGCCCAAGGUGGAUGUCUGGUCAAUUGGCGUGAACAUGUAUGCGAUGCUGACUGGGACGCUCCCGUUCACCGUGGAGCCCUUCAGCCUUAGAGCUCUGCACCAGAAGAUGGUGGACAAGGAGAUGAACCCUCUACCUCCGUCACUCUCCACUGCUGCCAUCUGUCUUCUAAAGAAGCUUCUUGAGCCAGACCCCAACAAGCGUCCAAAUAUCCAUCAGGUGAUGGCUGACUCCUGGCUACAGCUGGCCAACAAGAACACAGGGGCUCCAUACCUCAACAGGAUCCACAUUGAAGAAAUAAACCACACGGUGUUGCUGCACAUGACGGAGAAGAUGGGCUACAAACACAGCGAGGUGCUCAGCGCUGUCCUCACCAAUCGCGCCUGCCACACUUUGGCCGUCUAUUUCCUUCUAAACAAGAAAAUGAAGAGACUCUCCAAAGAAUACAGGGAGAUGCAGUUCCAAGAAAAAAAGAAAGGCGAGAAGCAGAAGAGUGAAUACUUCCAGACCCAGUGGAGGAAGCAUGUCGACAAGCUCACCAUCCCCCCAAAACAGACGCCCGUCUACCUGGCUGUCAGCAAGGGGCCCAGCAAGGAGAAGAAACACCGAACAGGUCUUUUGCGUGCCAUAACUGGUGGCCAUCGUAAUUCGCCCCUGGCACCACCCGGCACAGUUGCUUCUUCUUCUAUGGAGUAUCUAGAGAUCCAUCCUUUAUUUCCCAACACGCCGCAGCAGCGGAGACGCUUGGCCACCCUGCCGCAAGUCAACACGAGCCCAGAACACAACAUUCCCGCUCCGCCAGCACCAUCACCGAUCGGCAUGCAUUCUUUCGGCUCGCUGUCCAAAGCCGAACAAAUAGAAGACACCCCGUCUUCACCCUGGUACAAGCUGACCAACGGGACUCUGUCCCCGCCCCGCCACGUCUCUGCCUUCCAACCUGACUCUUCUUACUUAAAAAAGGCCACAAUCCCCAGUCCCCCUGUCCUCAUUGUCAACCCGCAGCCUAAGAAGAGCAUCUCGUCAGAGUGGUGCGGUUCCUCUGACACCAGUGGAAGCCCCCCCAGCACCAUAGGAAGCCCUCCCGGCAGUUCAGCUUUCAGCCCACCGAAGUCCGCCUUCAGUCCCCUCAACCCCACCUCAGCGUUCAGUCCUCCAUCCAACAGCGGUAGCAGUGAUCCCGAGAGCCCAACACACCGCAGCAAGUUCCCCUCUAUGGGAAUUGGGCAGAUCCUGAAGAAGAAGGUUCAGCUGCAGCCAUUUACAUUCCGACCAGAGCAAGUUGUUGAGGAAGUGGUGUCCCCACCUCCCUACCCCAUGCAGACUCUCCUCUGUGCUUCAGGUGCACUAAAAACCCUCUGCUGAGGGAUACAAGAAAAAAGAAGAUGAAAGAAAGACAGACUGAACUCAAGGCCCCUCUCAACAUUUUGUUGAAGUUAGAGAGGUCUUCCAGAGCGGCCUUUUGAACUGUGAACUGUCCCUUUAUUGCGACUGAGCCACUUUUCAUGACAGACUUGAUUAUUAAAAAAAACUAAAAAAAAAACAAAAAAAAAAAUUAAAAAGACAAAAGGGCGAGCAAAUACAAUAAUUACCUCUUGUUACCGCUCUUAUGUAAUAAGAGGUGGUGACGUUGAGAGGAUGAGAUUUGAAACGGAUCCCUGAGCAAUGACUAAACCUUACCGUGUCCUAGAUACAGAGUGGACAUGGGACAUCAUGUAAUAUGGGCCUUGCCAACAAAUGUACACACACAUGCACAUACGCACACAUGAAACACUGUAUUAUAGACCAAGUUAGAGGUACUCUCUUAUGUAAUUUUACUGUAACUGGUUACUAAUUGAGUCGCAGACUGAUUCACACCAGCUAACACACCCCAACUCUUACCCUAACCCUGAUUACAUGUAUACAAUAAAUGUGUUGUCUCUGUGAAAAUUGUAUGAUAGCUACUGACUUCCAGUCGGCUGGCACUGUAUCCUAAAGGCUGACUGGAAGAAGCUCACUGCACUAUUCUUGAAAACCAAAACCUAUAGUUACAAUGGUGUUUACCAUCUUUUACCUCACUGCAUUAUUCAUACAUUAAUGUAUAACGGCAGUCAAUUGUGACAUGCUUGUGUGGAUUGUGCCACAGCGUUGCAGUGUCUAAGCGUUGCCAUUAGAAUGAACACACUGAAAGAGCGUAGGUACCAAGAGUAGAGUCAUACUCACUUUUUAUAUUGUUGUCUGUCACGCAGCACUGAUAAUUGACGGUCAUAAAUUAUUAGAUGCCAGUGUUGCAUAACCUGCAAUGCUGGCAAGAAUAAUAAAACACAUAAAAAGUUGUGUUCAAAAUAGAAUAUACCUGUUCAGCCAGUAACAAACAAACAAAUAGAAAAAAUAGAAACGCAAAAGCCUUAUGUAACUGAUUGACCUCACAAAAGGUUGACGGUAUGAAAGUAGGAGCAUCUAAGAAAAUAAUUCACUUCCUUUUGUCUUAAUGCUGUAGUUUGUGCAAUAGUCUUAAGUGUUAACUGCAAUGAUGAGUAUUUGCCAAGAGCUCUUUGAGAGUGAUGUGAAAAUUGUUUCUGUAAAUAACAACUCCUGUGCUCCUUUCACUUACACUGUUCCGUGCGAGCGGAAUUCUAAAAUGUCUAUCGAGCUCACAUUUUUCACGUAUUAGUUGACUACGAAAAGGCUUCCACAGGCACACGAGGCUUCUCACUGUUAAAAUGCUGUAGAAUCUCUUCCUGUCCAAACGAAAAGUUGCAUGAGUCGAACUGUACUGUCAACAUUUGAAAUUAUGUCUUUGUAACUUUUUUCUGAUUGAUACUGAGAUUGAUACAGACUCGGGGGGUCUUUUGUAAGAUUUUGUAAUGGAUGGUUUUGUUUGAGUGUCAAGAGAUUUCUAUGCUGUAUAAAGUAUUUUAAAUAUUUAUAAGGAA